GUCAAGCGCUACGUAUUUCUUUGGAAAAGUCCUUUUUUCAAUCGUUUUUCACAAUUCCUCCCUUUUCUUCUUACGAAUAAGAGCGUAGGGAGAUAAGCUCGACAAACGGCCUAAAGAAAUUCGCACACGGGACCGGGAAAGACGUCCACAGCCAUGUGACACGAAUACGAAAAACUGCUUCCAUACCGUCAAUGUGACAGAGAUGUUUUCUGCCAUCGCGACGAACGAACGCCACCGCGGACCCGAGACGGCCACGACUCGAGCUACCCGGACGGCGAUAUAGGGCAAGCGCGUCAAAAAUGUGCGCGAGAUGGCCAGUCCGCCUCCGAACCCUAGAGCUGGCGGGGACGACGGCGGCGGGCGGGGCGGCGAGGUCGGCGACGAGUCCCCGCCCGCCUCGCCGAAGACGCUCGUAGCGCCGCCGCCGCCGCCGCCGUCGCUCGCCGCGCACGGCUCCAAGCUGCACUACGUGGCGCUCGCCGCGCCCGGGCCCAGCGGCAUCAAGCAGUGCUUCCGCACCGUGAAGGCCGCGCGCCGCGUGCCCACGCUGCCGCGCCGGCGCGACGAGCCCGAGCCGCCGUCCGGCGAGCGCCGCGCGCGCCGCGACCGCUCCAAGCGCCACGUCUGCGGCACGUGCGACAAGCGCUUCUCCAGCCCCGGCAAGCUCAGCCAGCACCUCCUCUCCCACACCGGCGAGCUCCCCUUCUCCUGCGACCUCUGCGACAAGCGAUUCAACUCCAAAUUCAAACUCGUCCGACACAAUCUCAUCCACAGCGAGGCCCGAGCUUUCGCGUGCAACGUCUGCGGCAAGACGUUCAAUAGAAAAGAUCAUCUCACUAACCAUGUCCGAGUUCACAAUCCUGUCAAAAAGCUAUACACCUGUGAGAGGCCGGACUGUAGGAAAUCAUACACUUCCCUGCUUAGUUAUAGAAAGCAUGCGGCGCUGCAUUCGGCCGAGGAGGGCAAUUUGCAGUGUAAGAUCUGUGAUGUAGUAUUUACUACCACUCAAGAUAUAGUUUAUCAUCUAAAAGUCCAUACGGGAAGUCGGACAGUCAAAAAUGAGACUGAUAAAAAAUUUACUUGCACCUAUUGCGAUCGACGGUUCUUUACGGCGAAAGACGUGCGACGCCACCAAGUCGUGCACACUGGCCGGAGAGACUUCUUGUGCCCGCACUGUCCCCAAAAAUUUGGACGAAAAGACCAUCUAGUGAGACACGUUAAAAACGCUCAUCCUGAAAAAUCAUGGAGAUCCGCAGCCGUCGGCACCUCAAAGGACCCUACACCAGAAGAUUCCUCAUUUGAUGACAUUGUAAUACCCGAACCGGCAUCUUUUACUGAGUAUGCAAUAGAGAGUCCUGAUUACUCUUGGAAAUCACCCUCACCGAAAGACCCAACCCCCGAGGGCCCUACUAGGGUGCCCUCAUCUGAUAUAAUUGUGGAGAUUCCACCUGAUUUCGAUAUAAAGAUGGAGCCGGUGGAAAUAAAGAUAGAGAGGCCCACGUCACCGAGCUGCGAGCUUCUGCCGAUGGACUUCCCGGUGGUGUUUAUGGUGCCGCCGACGUUCCAGGCGGCGCCGGACUUGCCGUACCUGACGGAGCCGCUGCCCGAGCUGCUGCCGAGCAGCUUGAUGCUGGACGAUCCCGGGGAAGGGCCGUCCGGGCUGGGGUCGGGGAUGCUGAGUAUUCUGCCGGAGGAGGAGCCUCGGGAAGAGCCGGGCCAGCAGCGGCAGCGGCUGCCGGCGUUCACGCAGGCGUUCCAGACCUCGCAGAGCCCGAAGCCGCCGCCGCCGCCCCCUCCGCCCCACUAGCAUUUAUGCUACCUCAUUAGGUAAGUGGUCUAGCUAUAGAGUAUGGAAAUGUUAACGGACUCCGCGUGAGACAGGUAUGGGACCGGUUAUUGCCAAAUUGUAUAUUUGUACGUGUCGGGUAUACCAAAAUGUUUCCGAAUUCUACAUGAAUAUGUGUCUAGUCGUGUAUGUACUUUCGGAAUUGUAUAUUGUUUAUUUAUAGCGUACAUGUGGCGUUAUGGAGUAUUAUGGGACCAACUCAGAGCUAGGGUGCAGUAGAGUAGUACUCGAGGGCCUUUGAUCAGUUGGCCGAGUUGAUACUGAGCUAAUUUUGGUGAAACGAGUUGUUGAAUCUCUAGGAGCAUUCAGGGUCAUACUAUACACAAUUAACAAAAACUUGCAAUACAAGCACCACUAACGCAAAAUGUUUAAGUUACAUUGUUCAAUAUAACUAGUUAGUUAUAUUAGUUAGUUAGUUACCUAUUGAUGUUGCGUCCAGACCCUUUAGCACAACUUGCCUUGUCGCGCGCGACUUCAAGUAUGGACUCGCGCGCGACAAUGCUAGAGGGGCUGAUCAGGCGAACGCAUCACGAAUGUAUGCAAAAUGCUCGCGAACCGCAGUGCGUGUAUUUCGCAGCGCUGUUUUGCAAACAACAACAAAGCUAUGCAAUUCGCGCAAAAAUGAUGCGUGAUACGAAUUUGCCAGGUUUAGACGCACCUUAUGGUUGUUAAUCGAUUUGUUUGUCACCACAGAAUAUAUAAUAGUACAAAUACAGAAGGCUCACUCCUUUGAGGUUCACAAAAUGCCGCCAUUCUAAAUUCUUACCUACAUUAACAAACGGACCGCACGCGAGCAGCCAACAUUGAAUUCUAUUGCGCCGCGCGAAGGUCGUCACCAGUGAAUGGGCCGCGAACUCGCGGCCGCUGGCAUGUACUUGUAGCGCGGCGAUAGAAUUGCGGAGUGCGCCGCCCCUGUUGUCACCUAUCACCUCUCUUUAAAGUGUCGCGAAUGCAAUACUUUGUGUGACAUGCAAUGUUCAAGGUCGCACUGCAAAAAACGAAAAUCUACUUUUCACUUAUCCUUUUUGCUCGUAUGUGCAAUCUGCGGGGUUAGCACAUGAUCGCACGUCUUCCUCCUAAUUUUAUUGUAUUAAUGACAUAAGGACGGGUGGUCUUGGUUACUCUCGCGCCAAUCAUGUGCUAACCCUGCUGAUGUGAUAAGAGGGUGAUAACGAAAUUUCGAUUCUCGAGCUUUGCGGUAUGCCUUCUGUCUUAACUUGUGAGUCAGCGUUGUUUUAAAUAUCUCUGUAGGUACGAAAUAAAUAAUUUCUUAAUUAGUAUUUCAACUUGAAGUGGACGUAUUCUCUAUAUAGCCUUUUCUUCUGAACAUGGUCUGGUGUUUAUGGUUGUUUGUUUAGAUGAAGUCGCGUAGUUCAGUGUGCCUGUUGGCAAUGGCGUCCUCCAGCUCUUUCCAGUAUUUCCUCUGCCUGGCCAGUCUAGUCCAGAAAGGCCCUACAGUGGUUAUGAUUUCGUCCUCCCAUCGUUUGAGUGGUGGGCGUUGAGCUCUUGAUCCAUCUCUGGGGUGCCGGAAUUUUUCGGCCUUACGUCUUACAGUGUGGCCGGCCCACCUCCAUUUUUGCAUGUCUUGUGUGUGAGGAUGGCUCUAACUUUGGUUCUUUCCCUUAUGUCGAUGUUACGGGCAUUUAUCCUUUAGUUUUACACCCAACAUACUCCUCUCCAUAGGAGUGGACGUAUUAGGUACUACUGAUUGUACUUAGAUGUAGACCUAGGGGUUCAACAACUCGAAUAAAGGCGGCAUGCUAUACAAUAUGUUUUAGAGGUGCGUGCCGUCUUUAGAGAAAAUUAUAUCGAAGCUAGUAUCUAUUUAUAAUUGAUUUGCUGGAGUGGCAUUACAUCAGAUCUGUUAAGGUAAAAAAAAUAGUCUUUCUUAAGUAUAGUGUUCAGAAAACGGUUAAAAUGCAUUUGUAAUCAGUUCCACUUGAAAGCACGAGACACUGGAUGCAAUAAAAAAAAAAAUCAUAAAUACCUCAGAAGCGGUCGCUUCCUUAGAAUUAAGACUUAUUUUAAUUGGUUCUGAAAUUCAAAGAGUUUUCGAGCGAUAUAAAUUCAUUGAAAUAAUGAACAUUAAAUAUAACAGUUUUAUAACAAAACCAUUUUGUAACCACCAAGUGCCGAAGAUCAUUAAAUGUAUAAGUACCUAGUGAAUUAGUUACUUUGCUUUCUUUCGCUCGAAGCUUGUUAUUAUACUAGCUUUAUUCGCAUAAAAAAAUUUCGCGCCACUUUGUUCGAAAAAGGUUCUACAGAUCAAUUUUGCGAAAAAUGAGGGCGGGUAGGAACAAAUGAUCCAAUGUACGGCAAAUCGCAUGCUUUUUUCGGUGAAGUCUUGAGACGCUGUAAGGAUGUAAAGCUAGUAGGUAACCGAAUAGAUGUUCCCCGCAUAUAAACUUUGGAUAGGAAUGCCACCUUUGGCAAGCAAAUAUUACAGCAUAACAUUCUCAUACAACAAAUGUGCCAAAAAAUAUAGAAUCAAGAAUGUUCUGGGAUGGUUGAUCGUGUUCUUUAUUUUUUAGAUGUGAUGCUGUGAUAUCCCUGUCAUAUUAAAUUACAAUGACAAUAAGUAUGAAUGAACUCCCGAAAAAUGCGAUCGGGGAUUAUUUUGCUAAAAUUCUUUCAAUAAUUCUAUUUCAAAAUUGCCGUUGAAAAUUGUCUUGGCAUAUGUUUUAGGAUUAUAAGCCAAAUUACAUAAUAUACGAUGACUCGAGCGUGGAUGAUGGUAGGGAAAUUACAACUUAGAUUUCGAGAAAGGUACGUCCAUGCUAAGGUAACAAAUGAUCAGUUGAAUGUUCACAAAAACGUCUAGUUGGUCCUUCGUUUGCUCGGUAUGGACGCCGCUAAAUGGUAUUUAGUUAUCUACUGGAUCAUUUAUAUAGUUUCAUUUUUGAUUGCAGAUGAUGGACAGAUUGUAUUUUAUUAUUUUAUCUAACGAAUCGAGCAAUUUCGAUCGGUGUAUUUUUGGUGACGUCCAAGAAGUUAAAAGGAUGUUUUCCACUAAUAUUUCGUAACGCGAUUUUAACUUAUAGUUUUAAAACAGUCAAAAUUUUUACACGCCAAUGUUUGACCCCAUUAGUCUUAUUUAAAAUAAGUAAUUGCAUUAUACAGUAUAGAAUUUCUAUUGCCUAAUGUCCCUGUUCUCAUUGCCCUUCUGAAUAUCGUGUGGCAAAAGAUAAUUUUCAAAUAAAAUUGCUAUCAAACUAUUAAUCCAGAAAUCCUAUGCGAUUGACGUCAUCAAACAUUACAGCGAUCGUAUUACCUGACCGAACACAUUUUUCUAAACUUUUAAGUAUAUGAUAUGUGGCUUUCUAUAAGGGAAGGGUUCUUUUGGUUUGUGCAAUGAAGAUAUCUCCAUCUGAAAUUUUAAUAUCAAGGUCUUUAUUGAAGAAGCAUAAGGCCCAUUCUGUGCAGGCAAUUGUAAGACUUCGCUCGUACGUCUAUUGUCUGCCAGAUUUUUAUAUCCAUGCAUUUUGUUUUAGAUUUGUAAAAUUCUCGAAAAGUACUUUGUAAUAAAUAGGCAAAGAUAGUUUUGUAAAGCCUUAUCUUGUUUAUUAACCAUUUAAUUAUGAUCCAUGUAUAUAACGUAUGUCUAGGAACGAAAAAUGGCGAGAUCCAAGUUGUACACGCUUCGUAAAUAUAGAUAUAUGUAAAUAAUUCAAUCUUUCUAGGUUAAUAGGACUGUAAAAAAUUUGGUCAGGGCGUCCGUACCGUUUUGCGCUGACAAGUCACCGCGUGAUUUUGAUAUUUCUUUCAGUUUUUUCAAUUCUAACGUCCUAAAAAUUGGAUGAUUAAGAAACUCUUAAAAAUGCGGUAGUCCCUCUGAUAUUUGAAUGUUCCGCGUAUGUAGGUAACAAUAUUGACAAACGACUUUGCAAUAAGCUGACAAUAGACAUAAUGUUGAAAUUCUGACUGUUCUUUUUGAACUGUCUGUCUAGAUAAGGAUUAAUGUGUUAAGUAAACCUUAUGAUUGUACGUACUUGACGAUUACAAGCAGUUUUGGACUGUUAAAUGUGCAUUUGAACAAUUUUUACUAGCAUUUCGGAUACGUCUAACAAGACAAGAUUUUAAUCAUUUUUGCAAAGUAACAGAGAUUUUAACAUGAAUCGGACGCCCUGUUAAUCUACCUCAAAGCAAACUUAUAAUUACGUCUAGAUUUAAAUUGACUACGUUAGGUUAGUGAGAGUUAGGUUUUCUAUUUCAGAAGCGCUAUAGCGUACAGGUCUUCGCUAUUAAUUGUAAUGUAAGUGUGUGCUGCAAUCAGAAAUCUUUAUUGAUAUAUCCUUUAAUAUGUAUGAUAUACUUCGCUUUAUUGUUAUUGUUAAUUUGGAAUUUUUACUAUUGAAAUGGCCUGUUUUUUACAAUAGUUCAUCAUUUUGUCGUUAUACAUUUUACGGGUGCAUUAAACGUCGGUAUUGAAUAACUACCUACUAAAAUAAGCAACAAUCUUUUUUCACAAUUUUAUAUCUGUUUUCAUCCAUACUCAUAGAGUUCCAUUUCAAUGGUUUAAAUUCCGAUAUUCAAUUUAUCAAUAUCCUUGGCAAUAAAAAAGUCCAGGUUCGAAUCAUCUUCAUUAAAAUAUCGCGGACUAAAAACACAAAAAUAUCUAAAAAAUAAACAUAUAAGUUAGGCCCUAAAAUUGCGCAUUUAGUUACAUUUUGGAAGUAAAAAUGCAUACAUCCCUAGAUAAAUAUCAGAAAAGAUUUCCCUCAAAAUGUCCUACGAGUACAAUGUUUCAUAAUAGUUGUUUAGAGAAUAUGUUGCAUUGUAUUUGAUAAGCUGGGAAGCUACCGAACGAUCUUUGAAAUUCACGGGGUGUGGCCGUGGCAAAUCCAGUGUUGCUGCACCCUUAAAAAAUACUGACGCGCGGCACUUAAGUUGCUAUUAUAAAAAAAAGUAGCCGAUCAAGGUGCUAAUGUUUCGAUUUGCUCUGAUCGAGCGGUGGCUACCCAGUGAGAUGUUUUGGUAAUUCCUGCGAGGGUGGACCGCGCACACAUUAUUAUUUUAUGUCAUGUGUUCACGUGUGCCGCGGUCUGCCUUGGCCCUAGUCAUGUUCAAUAGCAGCACAUAAUUAUUCUCAAAUAGGCAGUUACACCGAGUGAUAUUUACCAAUUUUGCAAGGGGUUUUCAAAUUGGUCUUAGUAGAUAUUAUUGAAGUUAAUUUGCAAGAAACUAUUGCCUAGGUAUACCCAAAAAGAGGGUAAUUACGGGACGCUAUUUUUUAACACUUUUGAUACAUCUAAAUAGCCGACAUCUGGCAUGAUGAAGUUUGAAACUUAGUUCGAGUUAGCCGCCAUACGCGUCAUGUCAAAGUGGACCUUUUGUGGAAUGUUGUAAUUGUAAAAUGUCAAAAACAAGUAAUUUCCAAAAAAGACCAAUUAGAAAACUGCCUGUUUAAGUUGGGUGUGUAGUUUACGAUAACGAUCAAUAAAAGGUGCAAGCCAGAGUACAAAUGUAACAAAUAGCAUAUAACUCGCAUAUUAAUAAAUUAUGUUUUCCUUGUAUUUUAUUAGUAUUGAUACAGAAAUAUACAACGAUAUAUGCAAUAUAUUUUUGUAAUGUUUUAGAUUUAAUAUAUACAAUAAUCGUUAACAUAUCAAAGAUACAACUUUAACAGUUUGUUACGUCUUGAAUAUUUAAUAUUGACAGUUCAGUUGUAAUUAUUUAUAGACAUUUGACAGCCGAGCGGGGCACAUAGUGCCACUGCCAUUUUUAUUGGAGAAAUUUGUUUAUAUGCAUAAUUAUUGUUAACUGUUUCCCAGUUUUUUGUAGUUUUUAUGUUUAAUCUGGCGACGAGUUUGACUCGUCGCAUUUUUAUUUUUGUAAUUACAAAAGUUGUGUAAUACCAAAUAAUUAUACAUUUACUACGUUUACAUUUUGUAAAGUUCGAAUAUUGGUAACUUAUAUUUCGUCUAUUUGUAACUUAACUUCAACGAAAACCAUUCUUUGUGGUGUAACAUAGGGGCCUUAUUCGAAAGUGUAUUUGGAAAAAAAUUACAUUGAAAUAAUAUUUUUAGAAAUCUAUAAUAUUUUAAUAGAAGGAAUCUAUUUUUGUUACGCUUUUAUGAGUAAUUACGUCAUUUUAUAUCGAAUUAAAGAUCCAAAUAUGGAAUACAAAUAACAUGUUACACGUUGGAAAUUGAUUUGUACAUUCGGAUCUUGUUAUAUAAUCCUUAGGAAUAGAAGAAUUUUUCGUACAGCAAAACCUAUGAAUAGACAUAAAAUAUGUUUAUUUUUGUAAAAAAAAAAAGUUUCUGAAAAUGGCUCGAGUCUUACCCCCCUAGACUUGAGAGAUAGACAGAAGGGGCAUCAAACAAAUUGAAAGAACUAAAUUUCUAUAAUUAUUAUAAGUGUCUGAAAAAACAGUCUAGUUAAUAUGCGUAUGUAGCAAAUCGCCUAUGUAAAGAGAACCCGCCUAUCGGGUUACCGGAGCUGAAUGUGAUAACCAACAGAAAAAUCAUCUAAAUAUUAGUGUAAAGUAUCAAUCAGUAAUUCCAACGUUACUUUUCAACCCAAGGUGACUACUAUAGCAAUGAAACUUUUUAAAAGUUAAUCUUAAGGCAUUCUUAAGGCCCGUCUGUACGAUCAGUUUCUAACAAACAGUUGUAUAGUGUGGGUAGUUACUAACACGAACCCAAGGUGCCCGGCGAACAAUAAUAAUUAUAAACGUUGUACCUGGUUUAUAAUAACAUGUAAUAUGGUCUUGUAAUAAAUAUUUUGAACAUCA